CAGCUACUUGAAAGGUCCAGAUUAAUAUAUACUUUUAUUUCACACUUCCACAUAAUCCGAUCAGAAAGCAUGGCAAAUCUCUCCAGUCUUCACAUUAUCUUCUUCAUCUUCAUCACAAGUAACUACAAUACACUCCUCUGUCUUAUCUUUCUCAUUUCAUUAUUAGAUUCUACAUCAUCUUAUCUCCUCUGUUUCUUUUUUUUUUUUUUUUUGAACAACCUUAUCUCCUCUGUUUCUAAAAGAGGACAACUCCAUGUCAGCUUUCUUUUGAUGAUUUUUUCGUCUUCUAUAAUAAGUACAGUAUGUUUCAAUUCUUUGCACAGUAAAUAUGAUAUUUAGUCGUUGCACAACAUAUAGUUCUCAUAAAUUUUUUUUGUCGGCAAAUUGUUCUCAUAAUUUUUUUUUUUUUGGUAUGAAUUCUCAUAAUUAUUAUUCUUUCAUUUUUUCGGCAGGCGGAGUUGCUGCUUUCGCCACCGAAGACAGUUGUCCAUCCACCGCCUGGCAAGGAACUCUCACAAGAAAAGACGAUAACAAUCUCGGCGCCGGGGGAUUUCAGUUGAAUCGAGGCGCUUCCGUUCAACUCACCGCUUCUUCCGAAUGGUCAGGCCACGUCUGGGCUCGUACGGGCUGUAAAUUCGACUCAUCGGGCCACGGCAGCUGCGUCACCGGAGACUGCGGCGUGGUUCGAACAUGUUCUGGCAGCGGCGGAGAUAGUUCAGUUGCAAUGGCAGAAUUCACUCAUGGAGAAAAGGAUUCCUACGAGCUCGUUGACGGUACCAAUGUCAAGGUGGGAGUAAAGCCCCAAGGAGAUAAUAAUUAUUUGAUCACUUUCUGCCCCGCCACAGGCCGCAUUGCUGGUUCCUCAACCGAAUUCACUUUACAAAACAAUUGCCCUUACACAGUCUGGCCGGGAAUUUUCUCCGGCAACGGAAACGACAUCCUCGCCGACGGUGGUUUUCAAUUAAAUCCAGGCGCUUCCGUACAGCUCACCGCUCCUUCUGGAUGGGCAGGCCGUAUUUGGGCUCGUACCGGCUGCAACUUCAGCUCAUCCGGCCAAGGCAAAUGCGCCACCGGAGAUUGUGGUGGCGUUCUUAAAUGUGCUGGCGGCGGGGUUCCUCCAGUCACAUUGGCCGAAUUCACCAUCGGAGUCACUGAUUUCUACGACGUGAGUCUCGUCGACGGCUACAAUGUCAAGAUUGGGAUAAAACCACAAGGAGGUACUGGAGACUGCAAAUACGCAGGCUGCGUCUCCGACCUCAACGCCAUUUGUCCUAACGAGCUUCGUGUCAUGGAUCCACAGAACAACGUGGUGGCGUGCAAAAGCGCCUGCGAUGCGUUUAGCACGCCGGAAUAUUGCUGCACGGGAGCUUUCGAUAAGCCGGAAACUUGUCCUCCGACGGAUUACUCGAGGAUCUUCAAGAAAGCUUGUCCUAACGCUUACAGCUACGCCUAUGACGACGCAACAAGCACCUUCACUUGUUCCCGGUCUAACUACUUGAUCACUUUCUGCCCUUAAAAAUCCGGAGCUCUGGUUUAGACUCGGGUCGAGUUUGACUCCUUUAUUAUGUUUAUUUUGGUUUCUUGCUAUGUAAGGAAGAUGAAAUUAAAGAACAUGCUUAUAACUCAAAUAAAUGCAGGAGAUAAAGAGAAUAACUACAUA